GAAUUGAUUUUGACGGUCACGUAUUUAUCACGAUAACGUGAUUAGUGAUAAUUACGUUUAAACGAUACUUAAAUACACAGCCGUAGUUAAUGGCCGAUUCAAUUGAACUUUGAUUCUUGAAAACUCAGUUCGAAAUAGCUUUGGAAUUAAAACUAACUUUACAAGCGGGAGCGCCAUCUUAAAAACGUCAAAUUUCCAAAACUGUCAACUGUCAGUUUGACGGGAUGGAUUUAUACAGGGCGUUGUUUUUACUAUUGUUUCUCGGUUAUGGCUACAGUGAUGAGAAUUUUAAAAUUGUUGAAACGGCGCAAGGGAAAAUCGAGGGGGCUCUAUGCCAUAAUGGGUAUUACUAUGAAUUUUUAGGAGUGCGUUACGGCGUACCUGAAAAUUUUAAGGCACCCAAAGAGCCGCCAUCGUUUGCUGGAGUCUACAAAGCCGACAACCGUGCCGUGCUCUGCCCUCAAUUCCCUGUUAACGACCCCCUGGCUGCCCCAAGCGACAACAUGGACUGCCUUGUCUUGAACGUCUACAUGCCUAAAAUACCCAGCAACACCAGCUUCCCCGUCAUGGUCUUCAUCCACGGCGGCGGCUUCGGUACAGGCUCCGGAUCCCCAACUUUCUACGGACCGCAGUACUUGGUCAGCCACGGCGUCGUUCUGGUCACGGUGAACUACCGAUUGAACGCGUAUGGAUUCUUGAACUUGCACACUAAAGACGCUCCGGGUAACGCGGGCUUGAAGGAUAUUAGGGCCGCUUUGCGUUGGAUCCAAAAGAACAUUGCCAAUUUCAACGGUGACCCUGACAACGUGACGGUGUUCGGCCAAGGUACAGGUGGAACUGCCGCUAUUUACAUGGCGUUCUCCGACUCCACGCAAGGAUUGUUCCAUAAGAUCAUAUCGGAGAGCGGCACACCAUUCGCGCCGCAGUCCUUCGAUCCUGAUCCUUUGGCGACGGCAAAACAAGUCGCUAGAAGUUUAGAACUGAUUACCGAAGAGCCCAGUAAACUCUUCAAGCUGUACAACGAUGCUCCCGUAGUCAAACUGGAAGAGGCUAUUGGCAUGCAGAUGAACUCCAGGUCUGUCUUCGUUCCAUCAGUGGAAACGGUAUUCGACGACGAAGAACCUUUCUUAAUUGACACUCCAUACAAUAUUCUGAAAAAGAAGAAAUUCCAAAGUUGUCCAAUGAUCAUGGGAAUGAAUACGGUGGAAGGCUUAACAUCAACCAUGGACUUUUUUACCGUUACCAGCCAAAUGAAUCGAAUCAUGAACGAGGAUUACUCCGCCUUGGAUCAGAGGAGCAUGGUCGUACCGAAAAAAGAACGAGAAGAGUUCAGAGAAGUUCUGAAGGAGACGUAUUUCUCUAACACUACCUCGGACGAAGCGCUUAUAGGUGGAAUUAUAAACUUGAAUUCAGACUUUUCCUGCGUCGGUCCAAUGUCUUUAUUCGCCGAAAUGUAUGCCAACUCCUCGAGCCAGCCGAUGUACCAGUACAUCUUCAACUACAUCGGCACUAGAAACCUUGGAAAAUUGCUUACGAACUCCAGUCUUCCGGCCACUUCGAACUUGGACGAACUAUUCUAUAUCUUCGAGUUGGAGAGAAUGCCUCUGCCUCUGGACGAAAACGAUGCAAGGAUAAUAACAUUCAUGACGAUGAUGUGGACCAACUUCGCCAAAACCGGAUGUCCGACGCCGGACCCUGAAAACGGGGAAUGGCUGCCGUACCCUCACAACUUGGCCAUCGCUCUGGAGCCUCUGUACGUGGCGCCGCUCACAUCAGACCGGGCGCACUUUUGGCGCACCCUGUACGAAAAAUAUGGCGCCGAACUCAUAUAAUAAUCUAAUGUAGCGGAGAGACGCCAUUUUGAAUGCUACCCACAUUUCGUAUUUGAAGUUUCCAAAAUUCCAAUCCAACGCUAAGAUCGACAAUUCAAGAAUAUCGAUUAUUAUUAUUAAUUAACUAAUAACACCGUUUUAUUGUUGGGUAAUGUUGUUUCGAAUCGGAAAUCCAAAAUGGCUGAAUCCAAAUUGAAAUGGUUUUCUCUCUGCAUUUAACAAACACGGACUUCAUGCUUCUAGUAACUAACAUGAAGGAAUUUGUGAGGUUAUAAAAUUUUCUUUAAUGACCCAAAUUAAAAAAGGAUAUUUUCGAAGGCAGCUUUGAGGCAUCGACCUCAAAACUCUAAUCGGUGACCAAUCGACACCGUUGUCGAGAAAGUCCUGUGUAAACUCUGAUUCAUUGGUGAAUAAACAAAAAAAUAUCAUAAGUAUAUAUCCCAAUUGCUUCAUACUGAAAAUUUAAAAAAAAAAUUACAAAAUUUUAUCAUCACAAAUUCCUAUGAAUAUCUUAUUUAUUAAUAUCGGAUGAAAUCAAAAUUAUUUUGUUUCGAUCAUAAUCUGAUGUAUAUAUAUAUAUUUUUUAUUAAGUAUUUCUCAAUUGUAAUUUGGAUGAGUAACAAAAAAAAAUUUAAAAAUUAUUCUUUUCGGCCAAUACAAAAAGUUUUGUUUUAUUGUAUCAGUAAAUUAAGCUAUUUAUUUACUAUUAUUAGCUAUUUAAGUUAUUUAUUGUCCAGUAAAUUAUUGUUUUAUAGAA